AUGGACCCUGUCCCGAUCUCACAAGCUCCAUUUCAAGAUGUGCGAGAAAUUGCUUCUUCAGGUACCCUAAACCUCUCUGUAGAUCUAUAUGAGGAUCCUCCAGACUCUUCGAAAGAGACCUACACCGGUUCUCUGAAGGGGAAGAAGAAACAGAGGAACCAAAGCGAUCACAAUCCAAUCCAUGUUCCAUGGACGAUGAACCCCCCUCACAACCAUGGAAGAACUUCCUCCGAAUACCAAGAAAAAAAAAAAAGGAAACAAGAUCCCUUUGAAGGUACAGACCCCAGGGCCAAAAGGCCAAAUGAUUUCCCAAUUAGAGUAGGUCUUCCUCAGAGGCAACCCAAUUUUCCACCGCGGCUAACAAAAUCUAAACCUAAGAAACCAAGGGGAAAUUUGACAGAGGAUGAGGAAAGCUGGGUGCCUGAUAACACAGAUGAUGAUUUCGAGCAUACAGGACCAAGAACUCGUGCAAAACACAAAGAAAAAGAAAAAGGAAAAUUACCCUGUGAAUUGUCCAAAUUAAUUAAGAAAAAAGGGAAAAGGAAAGUGAGGUGUGACAAUGCUGAUCUGUCAAAACUGCCAAAAUCUCACAACUCCAAGUUUCUAAAUAAACAGUCUGUUAAGCUAUGGGACAAAAUAGGGGAGAGAAAAAUCAUCAACCAAAAGUUGUUAGUUUUGGACAGGCUGGAUAAUCAUGAACAAAUCACAGAAGCAUUAACAAAUAGAAAUCUACUGGGAACAGUCACCCAUGUUGAGCCAUAUGAUGAACAUAUCAUACAAGAGUUCUUGUUGUUCUACUGCAAUCUUACCAAGGAAACCACCAAACCUAGCAGUUCCUUGUAUGGAAAGGUAUACAUAAGAGGAAAUUUCUAUGAUUUUAAUCCAGGCAUUAUCAACAACUAUAUGGGAACAUCUAAUGAAGAGCAAUCUGUACAAAUCAGUAGUGAACAAAUUGCCUUAGAACUUACAGCUGGGAAUGUAACCUUUGAAAAAGGGAAGAUCAAGGCAGCAUCAUUGACCAGUAAAUAUGCAAUUCUCCAGAAAAUAGCCCUUGUCAACUAG